AUGUCGUGUGUUGAAUUCCAGGACUCGGAGGGGAACGUAUGUCUCCUCACGGUGGACCACGACGGCGCCUUCACGGUACUUGUAGAGGGGUCCACGGCGUCCUACGUACUCGAAAGUCCGCCACGUGUGACGCUAAACCAUCUGACGCAGAUUCUGUCGGACGGCGUGCGCGAAUUUCGUGUCGAGCCAAACUACACGGAUGUAGAAGAAGUCUACCGUGCUUUGCGGGCCCUUCUGGGUGCGCGUUUUGAGGAGUACAACCGCGAUCUCGCGAUUGCGGAAACUGAAGAUGGUAUUCUUAAGAUUUCUUGUUGCGUACUACGAGAGCUCAGCAGGAGGCGUACUACACACUAGGAUGCCAGAUUUAUCAACCUGUUCAUCUACGUAGCCCUGAACACAAACACAAAUUCCCAUCUCACCUUUUUUUCCGAUCGAGACUUGAAUACACUGUACUAAGAAGAGCCAAGAACGAGAAGAUUAAGAAUGACAAAGAAAUAUUUUAUCAUCUUCAUCAAAAACCCCACCCAGGUGAGCUCAUUCUGGUCACAGAUGCGAGUGCCUUUUUGACCGAAGAGGAAUACUCGUUUUUGGGUUCAGAAUCUGGAGAUAGUGACGCAGCAACGGCGGAUGAGUAUGAUGUUGUAGAUGACGAGAAUGAGAUGGUACUAUUUACUUUUUAUGAUCAUUGCAAUUGACUAUUCAGCUUUCGCAUCAAGAUCAUAGAAGUUUAGACUCGUUGAAGUUUAAGUACGUAGUACAUCGAAAAUAUCGUUUCCAUACAACAGUCUUCAUCGUCCAAUGCUGUUUUCGCCCCGCGCACGCGCGUGCGCAAAGACGCCACUGUGCUCGGCUGCCACGUACGCUGCGAGUCGGGAGCGUUAGUGCGUACGCCACAGCCAGACACGGAGAAAGUCUGUGACAAGGAAGCGUACUGUGCUGGCGUCUUAAAGGCGGAGGCUCCCGUCGACGUUGAGCUGCUCCUGCAGAACAAGGGUAAGGAAGCUUGGCCCGCAAACACCUGUCUGGCCUGUGUCUCGGGUUCGGGCUUUGGCGUGCCCGCAGUCGAACUUGAUAGCGUACUUUUUUGCUAAUUAUUUGAAUGAAAAAUGACUGAAGAUGCUGUUGAGUGGUCACUUGUAAGAAGAAUAUAAUUGGUGGUCUGAUCCUCGGCCCCUUUACACAGCGCAAUAGAAAGAUAUUUUUCUUCGCAUCCAAAACAGGUAAAUCCCUCCGAGGUGGUUUCUGUGACCAUGAAGGGACUGCAGAAAGAGACGAUGGCUGAGAGCUAUUGGAGUUUGACUGAUGGAGUACGCUUUUUCGGUCCCUUGAUUUAUAUGACACAGAUUUGAAGUUUUCCACUGAAUUCUUUCAGCUGAUGAUGAAAAAUACGGAGCAGAAAUAUGUGAAGAAUCGAAGACGCUAGUACAACGAGCAUCUUCAAUAUUCCUUCUGUAAUACAACGAAGCGGCGGUGGUGCUUCAUCGGGCUCACAGUUAGUAGGUCUGCACGCCUUUACUAGCACGAGUGCUCCAGAAACUAGCAAAUGGCUUGCAUGCUCAUGCACACGGGUGUUGCGCUCUCGCUCAUGUGGCUUGAGAGUCGACACUUUGCAGGGAAAACAACGGUUAUUGUCGAUACCGCUGGUAACAACUUCUACAAUAUGAGAGCAUUUUCUUCAACUAGAACUAUAACUUGAUUGGUUCGUGAUUGGAAGGAUAAUGUAAGAAAUGGGCCCUGUUGUGGUAUUAUUCUAUGAUGUGCUUGUUGUACAAUGCUGAUUCUAGCGUAAAGAUAUUUACUAGUAUGAAUUGGCAGGCUAUGUAGCAUUUAGAAGAAAUCACGGCGGGAGUCUAUCAUUGAACUACAACGAACAGAGUAAGAAAACAAGUGAUGAACACGGAAAUUUGUUAGGAGUAUAGAAAAUGAUGUCAAAUGAUGAUUGUCGUCGUAGUUUUGUUUUUAUCAGAAAACAUAUUCCGUCCAUUCUACGACUUGCGACGAAGGUGAUCGCAGCGUCGCCGUCCUCUUUUGUGUUGAGAUUCGCUGUGCUACGUGUUCAACAUGGCAGCUACAGCGUUAUUCAGGAUUCAUUGAUGUUUGAAGGAAAAGAUUGUGAUGGAGCAACCGUGCUUCAGGCAUCGGUGCAGAGGUUAGGCACAUAAGUAUUUGUCAAGAAGAAGAUUUUGCUUUAGUACUAGCGCUCCACGAUUGAGAUGUUUUUGCGCGUUUUCAGAUCAUUAUAUAUUGGUAUUUUGGAUAUGAGGACUGUGAAUAUCAUUAACCAACGCGGCUGGC